AUGUCACAGAACGAGCCUGCCGGCGCUGCUGCCAUCACUGCUGCCAUUUCCCCCCCGCCAUCUUCAGCCGCGCCUCCUGCUCACGUACACAGCCACCAGCCUGAUCCCCCUCUCUUGGAUCAGGCACUGCGCCGUGUCGCCUCAAAGACGUGGUACUUUAACCACAUCAUCGACAUACCCGACUGGGCGACCUUCGAGCAGCAGCUCCGUCACGUUUUCGGCACACCGGCCAUUUGGUCCCCAGUCGCGAAGAGAACCCUUGACACUCGCCAACAACAUUCCGGUGAGUCGUACACGUCGUACAUCGAGGACGUUCUUGUGCUCUGCCGGCGGGACAAUUCAUCUAUGACGGAGUCCAACAAAUCUACUGGGGCGGCAUUACGCGACAUUAUCAGGAAGGAACUGACAUUUCUGAACUUUCCGGCUCACGUCCCAUCACCCUCGUCUCGGCCCAUACGAACCUACGCGCAGGUCACUGCUAUGCCUCCGAGUGAGGUAAACACGACGUUGCCACUGCUCUCGUACGCGUCGGUCUCUGCCGCUUCUACCUUCAACUUUCAUUCGUUCCCACCUGGCCCUUCCUCUGCACACCUGACGGCGCUCUCUCCAGAAAAAGCGCUGACUGAUGACGAAAUUCAAGAACUAUUGUUUGGAGACGAGUCAGAUCUUGAUGUGGAUUCAGACUCGGGUGACGAAGCGGAAAAAUUUCAACCGGAGUCCGCGCUUCAUAGCGAAGAAAGCGACGAAAACGAAGAUAAAUCCAGUGAAGAUGAAAAUGUCAAAAACAAGAAGUUUGAGAAAACACUUUUAGAGGAACGUACACGCCAAAAAGCUGCACAGUCCUGGAAAGUGCAAGCAUUUUGGGCUCCAACUGACAUCGAAAAAGCUACAGCUUCACUAGCCUGUCAGGAGCCUCAGACGCCUUUGACAUAUUUUAAGGAGUACUUUGAGGACGACUUUUGGGAAUUUGUAGCGACAAGAACUAACUUGUACUGGGUCCAGACAAAUGGAACCACGCUCGGUAUGACAGCUAAGGAGGCCAAAGCUCUCUUCGGCAUCCACAUCGUAAUGGGCAGCCUGAAGUUUCCUCAAGCGCGUAUGUAUUGGGCAGCGACCCGAGUAUCAUUGAUUGCUGAUGCCAUGCCGCGAGAUCGAUUCUUCCGACUCAGAAACGCCUUGCACGUCUGCAACAAUGAUAGCGACCAAGAUGACAACAACCGAUGCUGGAAGGUUCAGCCGCUUUUAGAUCGUGUGAGGAAAGCCUGCCUGAAAAUUUCGAGGUCGCAUGCAGCCUGUGUGGAUGAACAAAUGGUUCCGUUUACAGGAAGAACACAACUGCGUCAGUACGUUAGGGGCAAGCCAAACCCGACUGGACUGAAGAACUUUGUGCUUGCCGACCGUCUAGGGAGGGUACUGUACUUUGAAAUUUACCAGGGUGCCACGAUACCAAUUCCCUCAGAGCACAAGGACUUCGGAAUCAGCGGAGGGAUUGUCAUGCGGCUUGCUGAAACGAUGCCUCCUUGGGAGGACUGCGUGUUGUGUUUUGACAGGUUUUUCACGUCGGUGCCGCUAAUUGAGCGUCUUCUGAAGCAAGGAAUGUUCGGUCACGGUACUGUUAUGACGAACCGAAUAAGGACAACCUUGAAGUCUGAUAAAGAGCUGCUUGCUGAUGGGCGCGGAUCAAGCCACGAGAAGGUGAGCGCUGACGGCAAAAUGGUUGUGGUUAAAUGA